AUGGCGAAUUUCUCCAGUAUUCACAUUCUCUUCUUCGUGUUCAUCACAAGCGGCAUUGCUGUUUCCUCCACCGUCUUCACUCUACAAAACAGCUGUCCUUACACCGUCUGGCCUGGAAUCCUCGCUGGAAACAGUAACACUCUUGGCGACGGUGGAUUUCCCUCAGACUCCAGGAGCUUCCGUACAGCUCACGUCACCUCCGGGAUUGUUUUUUGUUAA